UCAUUGAUCUAACGUUAAUCCUUAAGCUCUUGUUCCCUCGGUUCAGUGGGCCAAGAGGCUGUGAUGCUGUUAAGUUUGUCAGUCUUCCCCAACCGGUACAUGUUUUUAACGUUAUGCGGUUUAAGCCAUUUAACUACUCUCACGUUAGCUUGGUAACGCGGCAGUCCGACGGGCGUUAGCCGAGCUAGUUCCCGGGGUUAGUCAACGCGAGUUGACGUCCACGUCGGGAGGUCUGGACGGUUGAGAAUGAGACUCCCGCUGAGCUCGCUCAUCAAUGCCCCCAAAACCCUCCGGGCCGCGUGGCGCGGCGCGUCCCGGUUUCGGCUCAACACGACGCCGGUUCUGAUGUGCACCUCGUCCCUCCAGGGAGACGGCGUUUGCAACGGGAAGCCGCGGCGGUCCGACCCUCAGCUGUUCGAAGCCCAGUUCGACGAGCUGGUGACGGAGCUCGCGGAGAAGGACCUCGCUGACCCCGCGCUCGCGGACGCACUGAGCAGGUUCAGAGAGGUGUUGGUGUACAACUCCCCCGGAGGCAAGAGGAACCGAGGACUGUCCGUGAUCGCUUCGCUGAGGGACCUCGUGACCCCCGGUGAGCUCACCCAGGACACCGUGCGGCGGGCUCUGCUGGUUGGCUGGUGCGUUGAGUUGCUGCAGGCAUUUUUCCUGGUGGCAGAUGAUAUCAUGGAUGGAUCAGUCACUCGGAGAGGACAGCCCUGCUGGUACAAGAAGGAUGGAAUCGGUCUGGAUGCCAUCAAUGAUUCGUUUCUCUUGGAGGCGGCGAUCUACAGACUGCUUCGCAGACAUUGCAGGGAUCAGCCGUACUAUGUCCACCUACUGGAGCUAUUCACUGAGACAUCUUUCCAGACCGAGCUCGGACAAGCUCUGGACCUCAUGACGUCUACCUCUGGUCAGAUUGACCUAAACAGAUUCACCUUGGAGAGGUAUAAAGCUAUUGUAAAAUACAAGACUGCAUUCUACUCGUUUUACCUCCCAGUGGCAGCUGCAAUGUAUAUUGCAGGCAUACAGAGUGAAGAGGAACACAAAAAUGCCAAACACAUCUUACUUGAGAUGGGAGAGUUCUUUCAAAUACAGGACGAUUACUUGGACUGUUACGGAGAUCCUGCUGUGACGGGAAAGAUCGGCACAGACAUCCAGGACAACAAAUGUAGUUGGCUGGUGGUGACAGCGCUGGAAAACAUAACUCCUGAGCAAAGAGCAGAGCUCGAGGAAUGUUAUGGCCGCCAUGAUGAUGCCUGUGUAGAAAAGGUCAAAAAACUGUACAACAACCUGCAAAUGCCAACAUUGUACCACAAAUAUGAGGAAGACAGCUACCAGCGGUUACAGAAGCUCAUUGCUUGUCACGCUAAGAACCUUCCUCACUCCAUCUUCCUCAACUUUGCCGAGAAAAUCUACAAGAGGAACAAGUAAGAGUAAGAGCGGGAAUGGUGGUCGCCUACAGUGUCCGGUGCAUCAGGACCCUUUUGACUUUUAACAUGAUGCAGGGAAUAACUUUUCAGUGGUCUUGGUAUUUGGGUGCAAAUGUCCUCAAACUGCUUUUACCCCAUUCCACAUUAUUGAACCCAGUUCUCUUAUGUGCAGUGUUUCCAGUUGUUUUGCAACUGGAAAACACAAUGGAUGAAAGUAUGACACUGAAAUGAUAGAAAACGCAUAGAAAAUCCAAUUUUUGGAACUGUUUUAAUUUUAUGAGAAUGUCAUCAAUCAAUAGAUAUAAUCUAAAAGGAACAUCCGUGACGGUAGAUGUAUCCUGAUAGAGGACAGAGGGCCAAACCUCAUCAGCUUUCUAAUUUCAUGUAUUUUUAUAUAGCCGCUGUAAAGUCUGUACUGCGGUGAAUGUUAUUGCUUCAAUAAAUAAUGUAUGAACAGUA